AUGAACACAGAUCCGCACUCACCGCCAUCCCCUGGCUCCACAACAUCGGAGAGCCCUUCGAACCACUACUCUGAAGUACCCACUGAACCUAUUCCUGCUAGCGAAAUUCUUCGUUGGAACGAACAUAUGACUCGGCGGAAGCACUUUCUAUCGGAUUAUGAACGUUAUAAUCCUGUCCAGAACAUGCAUGCACUAGCCAAUCAUGUUUUCGAUCUCUCGGAGAGUGUACACAGUAUAUCUGAUCAGGUAGCUGUUUCGGGCCGGACCUUGGGGUUUGUUCAGGAACACACCCGGGAUACAUCAGAAUCUCUACGCUCGGUUGGAGAAGAAUUAACACGUUUGAAGGGAGAUGUUGAGGGACUCAAGGGAGAAAUCGGAGAAUUGAGAGGGGAUGAUGCAAAUGCUCAUGGGGCUCAGGGCUUAGCAUUGGGACGGCGUUAUUUUGGAUUAUGGCAGAGGUGCAUUUUUGGUUUGGAAUCGCGGUGUUAUCAUUUCUUUUUGAACCCUCCUUCGUGA